CGGAUUGAUUGUAAGCUCUUAAUGUAUUGGUUAUAAAUAGUUCAAAGUCGUAAUUUUAGUUGAUUUAACAGUCAUUGAAAAUACUAUCACUCAUCUAGUGAAUCAGAAUAGUUAACUCAGCAAAACGAGGAAUAAUGGGUGAUUCAAAGAAAAUCAAGAUCGGAAUAAUCGGCGGCUCGGGCUUCGACGACCCAACGCUAUUUGAAGAGCAGACAGAGCACCAUGAGAACACGCCGUUCGGAGCGCCUUCAGACGCGCUCAUUGAGGGCAAAGUCAAGGGCGUGCCCUGCGUGCUUCUGGCGCGACAUGGGAGGAAACAUCAGUUUCAGCCCAGUGACGUGAAUUACCGCGCCAACAUCUGGGCGCUCAAGCAACGCGGCUGCACCCACAUCCUCGCUACCACCGCCACCGGCUCGUUGCAGGAGGAAUAUCGUCCGGGAGACCUUGUUGUGCUUGACGAUUACAUCGACAGAACAUGGGGUCGCAAAUGCACAUUCUACGACCGCACAGACUGCGGCCCGCGCGGCGUGUGCCACCUGCCGCAGCGGCCCGCAUUUUGUCCGCGGGCGCGAGCGGCCCUCACUGAGGCGGCCCGGGCGCGCGGGUACAGCUGCCACGAGACCGGCACCGCUGUCGUCAUACAGGGGCCCAGGUUUUCGAGCCGCGCCGAAAGCCUGAUGCACCGACAGUGGGGGGGACAUCUCGUCAACAUGACCACGGUGCCAGAGGUGGUGUUGGCUAAGGAAGCGGGGCUUAGUUACGCAGCCGUGGCGCUCGUCACCGACUAUGACUGCUGGAGGGAUAAUGAAACCGCUGUGUCGGUGAGCGAGGUGCUGGCCACGUUCGGCCGCAACGUGCAGAAAGCGGCCGACGUAGUGCUGGACGCCGUGCAGAUUCUCGCCGCUGACACGGACCAUAGCUAUUUGGACGGUCACCAGGAGUUGGUUUCAUCAUCCAUCAUGCUGAAGGAAUAAACCUCCGUCUAUGAAUAAGCACAGUUAUUUUAUAAUUAAACAAAUAC